AUGUGUCGCUUCGUUCAGGAAUUCAACCAUCUGUCGCUAGUGAAGAAGACGAGUGGCAGAAACUUCUACAACAAGACGGCAAGAAAAGACCACAGCGUUUUGAUCGACACAGUGCCAUUCGAGCCUAUCUGGAUAUACAAGAUGUUGGCUAAUUUUCGGUCGGACCUGAUUGAGGGCAGUGUUUCAAAAAGUACAGUCUUCGAAAGGACGCCAAUACGCGCUAUUUUUUGCGGCCAGUUGAGAUCGGAAAUCAUGCGAGCUGAACAUGUUUCCACGGAGAGUAUUCAACCGUUCCUGCUCGUUCCUGACUCUGCAACUGAAUGCCGACAAAGUGAAGACGAUCAACGGGGCUCUAUGGAGACACUUAUGAAUAAGGAGCAGCUGGAAGGAUUGACUUCUCCUAACACAAAUUGA